GAGAUGCUCAUGCGGUAGACAUUUGCAGACAGUCUUACACAAAUGUAACGAAGAAAAGUGAAAAUGUAAAAGAAGAAACAAUUUUUCGAGUUUAAGUCCCAACAUUCUCAUUACUGUUUAAGUUUAGACCCAGGCGAGGUUCACAUACGCUUUCAAUAUGUCGUUGGUAAAAGUUGGCGAUAAAGCACCUGUUUUCGUGACUCACUUGGAAUUUGUGGGGCCAGAAUGCCACGCUUUUUGUCAGUUUGGUAACGUUGGAAACUUGGCCGAUACCUUAGCAGAGAGGAUCGCAGAAGUAGUGGAAAAUGGCAUGGCUGGUUCUGUCUCGAGACUCGAUGUGGGUGUCAUUUGUUUGGCCUUGUUCCAUGAGGACAACAGCUGGUACAGGGGUCGAGUCGUCAGGGUAUCGGGACAAAGCGUUGUUGUAUUCUUUAUUGACUAUGGCAAUACUGAAACAGUACCAAUAAACAAUGUCAGGGAAGCACCAGAGUAUGUGUUGUCAAUACCUGCUCUUUCAACAAACUGCAUUGUAAGUGAUUGUACACCGUUAAGUGGCGAGUCAUGGAGUCCAGAAGAGAAGAAAAAAUAUGAAUCACUUCUUAUCAGUGGGGAAUUCAAUUGCGAAGUGAUAGACAAGAUUGGUCAUGAUGUUAACCAUGAAAUUUACAAAGUGAAACUAUUCAAUAUAGAUGAUCCAAACACACCGUUGUUUGUGCGACCUGCAUCAGGUGCUAGCCAAUCAUUGAAAUACGCUAGUUUGAACAACAGUUCAGAAAACGAGGUCUUCAUCUCCUUUGUGGAGUCUUCUCAAAAGUUUUAUGUGCAACUGAAAAACCAGGAAGAUGAGCUUCACUCACUAAUGAAUGAUGUUGGAGCAUGUUUUGCUGAAGACCUACCGUCGACAGGUGACAUUGUGAACCCAGUCAAUGGUCAAGUUUGUGCUGCUUGCUUCAGCGAAGACGGUGCUUUUUACCGUGGUAUUGUAAGAGAUAUCAAGGGAGAUUGGUGCAAUGUGUUUUUCGUUGAUUAUGGAAACAGUGAGAAGAAAUCGAUUAAAGAACUGUUCACUCUUCCACAAGCACUGUGCAAACUUCCAGCACAAGCAGUGUUGUGUUCAUAUAAGGGCGGAAGCGGAAACAUUGAAGAUGAUCUUCAUGACCUGUCAGCAGCAGAAAAACCCUUGGUUCUUAGAGUUCUUUCAGGGAAUCAAAAUAGUGGCUAUGUUGUGACAAUGGAUAAGAUAGAAGAAAAACAGGGUCGAAAAGGAAAUCAGAGCGCCAGUGCCGGAACUUCUAUUGUACAGCCUAAGGCAGGAAAUAAACUUUGGCAAAGCUACUCGUCUGUUGUGAUGCUUGUUGAUAGUAUAUAUGAUGUUUGUAUCUCGCACAUUGACCAUCCAGGCCAGUUCUACGUGCAAUUGCUGGGAAAUGCAAAGACAAUGGACACGAUGAUGCAAGCAAUUGAUGAAGUUGCACACAAUUAUGAUAAAUUGACCAACUUGUACACAGGUUAUGCAUGCCUAGCAAAAUUUAGUGAUGAAGGCUGGUAUAGAGGCGAAGUUGUUGAAGUUGAAGGCAGUAACAUAACUGUAGCCGCCAUAGAUUUUGGAUUUUCCGAGAAACUUCCUACAUCUCGACUUCGUAACACUGAUCCAAAUUUCAAAGUGCAGCCUGCUCAGGCAGUGCUCUGUUCUCUAGAUAUCAAUAAGCAAAGUGCUUCAAACUGGGGCCCAGGUGAAACAAGUAGAUUUAAAGCUAUGUGCGAAAGAAAUGGUCUUGUUGCAAAAGUACUAUCAAAACAAGGAUGUACUCAUGUUUUAGAUCUUUAUGACAACAGUGAAAAAAGCAUCAAUACUGAGAUAACCCAAUCAAAACCUAGUCAGUCUGCUGUAAGCAGUGGCAUUUCCAAGACAACUUUGAGCCAACCAACAGUUCAGCCAGUUGUUAAUCCCAAGACGACUUUUAGCCAACCAUCAGUUCAGCCAGUUGUAAAAGUGCCUUUGCCAGAAGUUUCUGUUGGAGCAAAUUGUACACUCUGCUGCACUGCGGUGAAGCCACCAUACAUGUAUGGGCAAGUUACACACACACCUGUCGAGAAAGUUGCCAAUCUGCAAAAGGACCUGCACAAUUACUUUUCAACAAACCCCGGUGAUCCUCUAGCGAAUGCAACUGUUGGCAGUUUUUGUUGUACCAAAUAUGUGGAUGGCGGUUGGUAUAGAGCUGUUAUUACAUCACUCAGCGGGGGAAAAGCGGUUGUUGGCUUUGUGGACUUUGGCGACAGUGUUGAUAAGCAAGUACAGGAACUGAAAGCUUUACCUUUGAACCUGGCCUCAUUGCCACAGCAGUGUUUGCUUUGCAGAAUGGACAACGUUCCUGCAACAGUGCCAAGGGACAAACUUACAACUGUUCUUGUUAACAACAGAGUUGAUAUAAAACUCAUUGGUCAGGAAGAUGGUGUUUACCCGACCUACGGAGUGAAGGUACUGGACAGCAAGAUUCUGGAGCUGCUGCAGGACAAGCCAGGUUUUAAUGGAGCUCCCUCGCAAACCAUGGGCAGACAACCUAGGUCCGACCGAGCCAGCUCUCCUGCCAGUCCAUUCAUAUCUCAAAAAGUGCCCUCAGGAUCUACACAGGAAGUGAUGGUCACAUAUGUAAAGGACCCGCAUUCUUUCUAUGUAGUCCUUGAGAACCAGUCAAGCCAGCUUGAUGACCUGAUGGACCGGCUCCAUGCCUAUUACAACAAGCUGCCCCCCACCGCGGAGAUGCUGCAGAACGCCAAACUGGGCGACCCUUGUAUCGCCCAGUUCACAGAAGAUAAGGGCUGGUACAGAGCUCUUGUCACAGGCCUGAAGGCUACUGGUCAGGCGGAGGUGUUCUUCGUUGACUAUGGCAACAAUGAGUACACGCAGCAGGAAGAGCUCAAGACCAUCAAGCCAGACUACCUGAAACUGCCUGCACAAGCCAUACACUGCAGUCUAGCAGGUGUGGCCUCCAGUAAAGGUUUCUGGAGUCCAGAGCACACCGUCCAGUUCACAGAUAUGGUGGAGGAGCAGUCGUUUGUGGCCACAUUCAAGAAUGAGCUGGACCAGUCUUUGUACGAAGUAGACCUCGCUGACACAAAGGGCUCAAACAUAGCACAGAAAUUUGGUGCCAUGACAAACACCUUGGCUGCAACCAGAACUGUUACUGCCCCUAAAACAUUUGGUGGUAACAUGUCAGUAACUGUGGGCUCCGGUUGGGACGACUCCAGUAGCACCUUACAGCCAGCAGGUUUUGGUGGCCAGUCAAGCAAAACACAGUCAGCAGGUUUCGGUGGCCAGUCAAGCUCCUUUGGCAGCAGUCGUCCACAGUCUGGAGGCGGUGGUUUUGGGUCGAGCCGGCCAAGUGGGGGCGGCUUUGGGCAACAGAAUGGAACAGGGGAAGAUAACUCAGGCUGGGAUGACAAUGGAUCUUCGGGUGCCAAAAAAUCCUUUGGUGGUGGAGGAUUUGGAUCUGGUGGAGACUCUGGAUUUGGAGGAAGAAAAUCUGGUGGAUUUGGUGGAUCAGGAGGGAGCAGUGGAUUUGGUGGUGGCAGCAGUGGAUCUGGUGGUGGAAGCAGUGGAUUUGGUGGUGGCAGCAGUGGAUUUGGUGGUAGCAGCAGUGGAUUUGGAGGCAGCUCUGAGUCACGUAGUUUUGGAAACAAUGCAGGAAGAGAUGGUGGAAGCAGAGACUGUUUCAAGUGUGGUGAGGGUGGACAUAUGGCUAGAGACUGCACCAACCCACCGAAAGCCGGAGCUGGCGGAGGGGGCAGAGAAUGUUACAAGUGCGGGGAAGGAGGCCACAUGGCAAGAGACUGUACAAACCCACCAAAAGCCGGAGCUGGCGGAGGGGGCAGAGAAUGUUACAAGUGCGGGGAAGGAGGCCACAUGGCAAGAGACUGUACAAACCCACCAAAAGCUGGAGGUGGUGGUGGGAGAGGUGGUGGCAGCAGAGACUGUUACAAGUGUGGAGAGGGUGGACAUAUGGCAAGAGACUGCACCAACCCACCCAAAGAAGGAGCUGGGCCAAGACGUGGCGGGGGUGGAUUUGGUGGAGGUGGAGGUGAUAGAUCCGGUGGAUUUGGUGGUGGAGGUGAUAGAUCCGGUGGAUUUGGUGGUGGAGGUGAUAGAUCCGGUGGAUUUGGUGGUGGAGGUGAUAGAUCCGGUGGAUUCGGAGCCAAAACUGGUGGUGGAUUUGGGUCCAAGCCUGGCGGUGGUGGGUUUGGUGCCAGUAAUGACUCCACCAAAGGAAGCGAUGACUGGGGAGAUGGAAACACCUCCAGUGGAGGAUUUGGAGCCAAGACUGGCGGUGGAUUCGGGUCCAAGCCUGGCGGUGGUGGUGGGUUUGGAUCACAGGGCGGGGGCUUUGGUGAGAAAAGUGGCGGUUUUGGAGAGCGUUCUGGCGGAGGUGGGUUUGGUGCUGGAAGAAGUGGGGGUGGUUUUGGAGCUAAAGCUGCUGACAGUGGAUUUGGAUCAAGCUCUGGAGAUGACUGGGGUAGUAGUGUAGGAAACGAGCCUGCGCAGUCCGGUGGAUUUCAGAAGAAAGGUGCUGGUGAUGGCGGGAUGGGAAGCCGAAGUGGUGGCUUCGGAGCAAAGCCCAGUCAGGGAUUUGGUGGACCUGCUACAGGCGCGACUGUUGGGGAUGAUGAAUGGGGGGCUGAACCUGUGCCCACAACUACCGCAGUCCUGGCCUCACCAUCUGGGGAUGCGUCUUCAAAGGGAAAUAAGCCAGAUAAAUAUUCUCCCAAUAAAUUUUCUCCUGUCACAUUGGAAAUUGGUGAACAAAUUGAUGUGUAUGCAGUCUACAUUACCAAUCCUGAUCAGUUCUGGUGUCAAGUGAUAAGAAAUACCGCCAGUCUUGAGCAGCUAAUGGAGGACAUGAAUGUUUGUUAUAAUGGUGUUGCAGAUGGGGAAAUGAUUUUGUCAAACCCGGCCGUUGGAGCUCCAUGUGCUGCUAAAUUCGCUGAGGACAAUAUGUGGUAUAGAGCUGAAAUUGUUACACCAGGCAAGCCUGCAACUGUUGUUCAUUUUGUUGAUUAUGGCAAUUCCGAAUCUGUCCCAACUGAUCAGUUGAAACAGUUGAAGCAGGAAUUUAUGACGCUAAAUACACAAGGAAUUCGCUGUGCAUUGGAUGGAGUGAUGGCAACAAACAAGUCCUGGUCUGAACAGGCUGUUGCUGAUUUCGAAGACAUGACAAUGGAAAAACAUCUUGUUGCUAAAGUUACUGGAAAGAGUGGUGGAUUGUGUUACAUGAUAAACAUUGAAAAUACUGAUGACGAAGUCAAUGUCGGUGAAUCUAUGUGUUCCAAGGGUCACUGCUCAUUUGCAACUGUUAAGUCAGAACCUGUUGAAGAUUUAGUCGUGAAAAGCCCAUUUACUGAACUUGAUCUGGAAAUCGGAAGCGAGAUGGAUGCUUAUGUUUCGUGGGUAGAGAGUCCAGAACAGUUCUGGAUACAACCAGUGAGUCUUGAAGAUGCCUUAGUGGAGUUUGUGGAGGAAAUACAAGCAGUGUAUACUUCUGGACAGGGGAGAGAACUGAUCCCAGGGUCCAUAGAACCAGGGACUGCAGUUAUGGCCCCUUUCUCUGAGGACAAGGCUUGGUAUAGGGGAUUUGUGGAAAAGGUCACGGGGUCAAUGUGUAAAGUUCGAUUUGUAGACUAUGGUAAUGCUGAUACUGUAGAAAGAGGCCAGCUAAGACUUCCGGUAGAUGAAAUCUUGAGAAAAAAGGCACAGGCAGGCAUGUGUAAAUUAGUGGGAAUAAAACCACUUCAAAGUAGUGGAUACACAUCUGAUGCUAAAGAUAUAUUUGAUGGUUUGGUGAAGGAUGCUGUUGUGAAAUGCAAGGUGAUUCAAGUUAAAGAUGGGUUGUUCUCUGUUGAUAUCAAUGUUGAGGGAACAAAUGUUAAGGAUUACUUAGUGAAAGCUGCUGUUGUGAAAGAGGAGAAAGAGACUGUUGCUGUUAAAUCACAACUUGGUAAUACUGAAACAUUGCAGUACCCUCCUGCUGUAGAACUCAUGCCAGGUACCACAGAAAAGGUUAUUAUUUCGCACACAGACUCGGUUGCUAGCUUUUGGUGCCAGUUACUGAAAAACGAAGCCCAGUUGGAUGAUAUCAUGGCAAAGCUUGAAGAACAGUGUCAUUCAGGUACAGGAGUACAGAGCUUCCCUAUAGAUAUGGCAUGUGCAGCAAAAUUCAGCGCUGAUGCUUGCUGGUACAGAGCAAAAGUUGUGGCCACUUACCCUGACAGUGUUGAAGUUCUCUUCGUUGACUAUGGGAACUCCGAGAAAGUGAACAUGACUGAUGUGUGCCUGCUGCGUGAAGACCUUGUAGCCCUUCCACCUCAAGCCAUGCAGUGUGAGCUGGAGAACGCAAGCAGGGCCAGUAAUCGUCUCACUGCCAAAUUCACAGAGCAGGUCGAAGACAAAGAGGUAACAGCUGCCAUAAUUGAUGCUCAGGAUGGAGUCACGAUAGUGAGUCUUACCCUUCCAACUGGAGAAAAUGUGGGUGAACUUCUUGGACUUGUGAACAUAGAGCCAACGGUCAAACCAACAAUGAAAGAUGUAUGUGAAUCAAUGGCCAGUACAAGCUUGAAUGUUUCCAAAGCAUACACAAUGUCAAAAUUACCAAGCACUUGCUCUGUGUACCUUUCAAACAUAAUUUCACCGGCAGAAUUCUUUGUUCAACAAGUCAGCGAAGAAGAGAAGUUGACAGACUUGAUGGAGAAAGUGACCAGCCAUUGCGAAAGUGCGCCUGGUGUAGGGGCAAUGUCCAUUGGAAUGAUAUGCUGUGCAAAAUACUCCGAGGAUGAAGCCUGGUACCGUGCCAAAGUUGUGAAGGUUGAUGGCAAAAUGGCAACUGUUGAGUUUGUGGAUUAUGGAAACUCAGAAGAGACCAGCUCUGAUAACCUUAGAAACAUCUCAGAUGAACUACUCAAAAUACCUGUGUUUGCCUUGUCUUGUGGGCUGUAUUGUGUGAACCCAGUAGAUGGGGAAUGGUCAAAGGAAGCUUUAGAGAAAUUUGAGGAAUUGACCUUGGACAAAGAGCUGCACUGUGAACUAAUUGCAGAUGGUAAUAAAGUAAGGUUGAGAGCUGAUGGCGUUGAUGUGUCAGCUAAUUUGAUAGGACUUGCAACGGGUAAUGAUACUAUUCUAGUGAGAGAUAUUAAAAGUGAAUCAGAUAGUGUUGAUGAAGUGACCGAUGAACUGAAAAAGGUAGCAAUAAAAGUGGAAUCAUCUACAUGCGAUGCAAACUUUCCCAGUCAGGUUGUACGAUCGGACCCUGCCAGCGGUUAUAUAUCACAUGUUGAUGAGGACGGCACAUUCUACAUACAGCUGACAGAGUUGGAAGACGACCUUAACAAACUCGUUGAACAAGUCCAAGGUGCUGCAGAUGCCACACCUCUAGAUUUGACAACUUUAAAGGUUGAUGAAAAAGUUAUCGCAAGAUAUUCAGAAGACACCAGUUGGUACCGGGCCACUGUUUUACAAGUAAAAUCUGACACAGUCACUGUGAGAUUUGUUGACUAUGGUAACUGUGAUGUGAUAACUUCCAAUGACGAUCUAAGAGCUGUGUCACAACAACAUUGUGAAAAGCCUCCCUUUGCAUACGCUUGCAAAUUCAGUGGCCGUAGCCUGGACACGCCAUCUCAAGUAGAACAACUUGUUGAGAUUACCAAGGACAAGGAACUGACAGUGACAUUCAUGACCCAAAAACCGAUAUAUGAAGUAACAUUGGAAGACGAAGAACUUCAGAAUGUAGCUGAUCUGCUUGAAUUGCCCAUAAUUGAUGCUAAAGUCACCACAGAGGAAUCCCUACCAUGUACAGUCAAUCUGGAUAACAUGGUUGCCAGGCAUGCAGACAUCGUCAGGGCGACGGUCUCUCAGGGUCAGAGGGUAAAGGUCACUGUAAGUCACACAGAGUCCCCGUCCCAGUUCUGGGUCAAUCUGGUGGAGAACCAGUCGAGACUAGAUGAGCUGCUGAACACAAUGUUCCAGUUGUACACCUCCUCUAGAGAUCCCAGGCUACAUGUGGACAGUGUGAAAGAGGGUGACAUUGUGGCAGCAUUGUACAGCGAGGAUGAGUCUUGGUAUCGCACUGAGGUGAUCAGUGUAACAGACCAGGAGGCACGUGUGUUCUUUAUGGACCAUGGCAACACAGAGGGGAUGCCCCUGGACUCCUUGCGUAGGCUGCCUGUUGAGUUCUGUAGCCUGCCGUUACAGGCCAUUGAGGUGACACUGGGAGGGGUUCAGCCCACUGGGGAUUGCUGGAGUACAGAGGCCAGAGACCUGUUUGCAGAGCUGACCCAGGACAAGGAGAUGCUGAUGGACGUGGGGGAGACAACUCAGCCUGGUGUGUUUACAGUACAGCUCCUUGACAUGGGCCUUUCUGUUGGGGACACGCUGGCUGCCAGGCACGUGGGGGUGCAGCUGGCCACCCCUGUUGCCGUUAGCAACAAGGUCAGACAGGUGUUCUCACCAGAUACCUCCGACGCUGUCAUAGCCAGGCUCUAUGAGGCCAAGUCUACUGGAAAGACUGGCAAAUAUGGGUUUGAGUACAGGGACCUCUUUCUUGAUGACCCCACAGUCGGCAGCCAUGACAUUGUCAUCACCAUGGUUACUCACCCUGGUAGCUUCUGGUGUCGCCUUGACGAUAGCACGUACUUCUUUUACCAAGAUCAGCUCCAGGAAUCCUACAAAGAGUCAAAAAAACAACUUCUGGAUUUGAAUGAAGGUAGAAAAUGUGUUGUAGAAAUUGAUGAAGAAUUCCAUCGAGCUACAAUUCUUUCGAAGUCUGAUGAGAAAUUAACUGUUAAGCUGGUAGACAUUGGAAAAGACCAUACCUUAAACGAGUUGCAAGUUUUCGAGAUCAAACCAGAGUUUGAGAGACACCCUCAGUUGGCGUUUCAAAGUGCUCUGCCACGUUUGAAGCCAGUUGAUGGAGAGACAUGGACAGAGGAAGCCGCUGAACUGCUGGAGAAGAUAGUUCUGGAAAACAUUAACAAGGAAACUCUGCCUGGUCCAGCUAGAGCAACUGUGGUAAAUAUCAAAGAUGACAUUGUAUUGUUGGAAGUGAAAUUCGGUAAGAAAGAUCUUGCCUUAAUCUUGGUAGAACAAGGUCUGGCAAAAAUUGCAGAUCAAAAUGUGACUAAUAUCACUGAAGAUAGCGAAAGAAGUGCAGAGAAAACAAAGCAAACACUGCGUGAAGAGUUUGGCAACUUCAUGAAUGAAAUUGUGGGUAAUGACAAAGAAUACGAUGUGUUGCUUGUAGACUGCGAGGAUAUGGACAGGAUUGUGUUCCAUACGGAAGAAGGCAAGGCUGUGAUUGAAGAUAUGAGGAAUGAGAUUGAGGAGUAUGUAAAGGACAAGGAAGGUGGUCAGGGCUUUGAUGAAGACUUCACUGAGGGUCCCUGUCUUGCAAAGUGCAAGGAAGAGAAAGUUUGGUGCAGAGCAAACCUGAGGCGUAUUGUGACAUCUGAUGAUGGUACAAAGACAUAUCAGGUGUUCCUGGUGGACUAUGGCAGUGUACUCAGCGUUGACAGGUCCAACCUCUUGCCGAUACCAGAGGCCCUACUGACAACUCCGGGCCAGGCGGUGGUGUGUAGCCUAUCAGAGCUGGAGCCAAUUGACGGAGUCUGGAGUGAUGACUGCCAGGCUUUCUUCCAGGAACAUUUUGCAGGUGCAGACAAGAAGCUGGGCCUGUACGUGUGCAGUUACAGCGGGGGUGUUCACGAGGUGCUGCUGUACCUAUGGGAAGACCCCAAGAAGUCAGCCGAGAAGUCAGUCAAUCUGCUGCUGGCAGAGCUGGGGCUAGCGGUCCCCGUGGUGGGCUCAUGCCUCGAGUUAUCCAUGAUGGCAAACACCACAGAUUUCCAUGAGAUUUCUAUGUCUAGAAUGGAUUCCUAUGGAGACAGCUCAGAACUUGACGAGACAUCAUACGAUCCAGACAGUUCCUGUCCAGUGGAUACAUCCAGGAUUACUGAUGUGGAGUCUUCAUUUUACACGUUGGAACCGGACACUUCCCGUUUAACUGGUAUUGACACUUCCAAUGUCUCUAAUGAGGAGCCAUCGUACCUCACCGAGGCCAAUACAUCCGAUGGAGAUGUCUCCGACUUGACUGGAGCUGAUACUACAGGUCUCACAGAAACAUCCUGCUUGACUGAAGGUGACAUCUCCAACAUCACCGAUGCAGACACUACUGGUGUUUCAGAGGUGGAUACAGAUGUUGGGACUUCAGAGGCCGACACGUCCGCUCACACUCUGGACGGGACACACUGGAAGUGUGAUGACUGCAGCUGUGAGAACCUCAUGGAGGAGUCCAUCCUGGAGUGUCUGCAUUGCAAUAAACCUCGCACUGCAGAAAUGAGCAACUUAUCCAAUCGGCUAUGCACCAAUCAGAUACUAUCAGAUGAGAGUGAAGAAAAUACAGCAAUUAGUGAUCAGGAAGAUCAAGAAAACUGCAGGAACAAUGAUCAGUUUGAAGAUAAACAAGAUGAUAAUGAAGAUGUUGAAACAGUGAUAAGUAAGACUGAUGAAAUUGUUAUCACUUCUGAGGGGACCAAGAAUAUGGGUAAGGGUGGGGAUGAUGAUACAUCAAUGAAUGUUGAGAAGUCAGAACCUAUUGACAAGCCAGAACCAAUUGAGAAGCCAAGAGGAAGCCUGUGUGAGUAUAUGUACCCGAGUGUGUCUGACACUACAAACGGUUACCCCAGCUCACUGACUGACAUCUCGGGCUACACAUUCACCUCCUGGGACUCAAGCCGCACUGAGAGUGUCGUGUGUGAGGAUUGUAAUCGGGACAUUUCAUCAUGCCUUGACACCACAGGCUGUGAUUCUGAGUUCUCCUAUUAUGUAUGUAUGGCUUGCCGUCAGCGAAGGGUCGGCUCUACUUCAGAUGAACAUGUAAAGGAUGUCACUGAAGAUGAAAGGAUUGAUACUAUGGAAAAUGGUGCAGAAUGUUCCAGAAUGGUUGAAGUGACAGAAGAAGUGUUUGAAAACUUAACAGCAGAGGAGAAAGACCACGAAGACAGUAAUGGAGGUGAAUGUGAGAAUGUUGUAGGUUCAGGCCAUGUUGAGUUUGACGGUGAAAAAAUAGAGACUAAAGAGGGAAAUGUUGAUGUUAAGAAAUUGAGUGAGGUUUUAGAUGAACAGGUAAAUGAUGUCACUGAAGACGAAAGGAUUGAUUCUAUGGAAAAAGAUGCAGAAUGUUCCAGAAUGGUUGAAGUGACAGAAGAAGUGUUUGAAGACUUAACAGGAGAGGAGAAAGACCACGAAGACAGUAAUGGAGGUGAAUGUGAGAAUGUUGUAGGUUCAGACCAUGUUGAGUUUGACGGUGAAAAAAUAGAGACUAAAGAGGGAAAUGUUGAUGUUGAGAAAUUGAGUGAGGUUUUAGAUGAACAGGUAAAUGAUGUCAUUGAAGUUGAAAGGAUUAAUACUAUGGGAAAAGGUGCAGAAUGUUCCAGAAUGGUUGAAGUUACAAAAGAAGUGUUUGAAGACUUAACAGGAGAGGAGAAAGACCACGAAGACAGUAAUGGAGGUGAAUGUGAGAAUGUUGUAGGUUUAGGAAUUGUUGAGUCUGACGGUGAAAAAACAGAGACUAAAGAGGGAAAUGAUGUUGAAAAAUUGAGUGAUGUUUUAGGUAACAAUAUUGUAAAGAAAGAUCUCUUGGCAGACAAAAGCAUUGGAGAAAUGUCAAUGACAGCAGAGAGAGCUGAUGCUGAAAAUAUAAGGGAUUUUACUGUUGAAAAAGAAGUCAACACCCCUUCCAAAGCCAUUAAUAAAAUAACAGCGAGUACAGAGGAAGCUGAUUAUGUUGAGAAAUUAGAAGAUGUUUCAGAAGAUAUUGACAAGACAGAAGAUUCUUCCUAUAAAAUCAUCAGUGAAAAUGAACCUGCCUGUACACCUGAUGAUCAACAGGAGAAAUGGAGAUCCACUUCAGAAGUUAAGGUUUGUGGAGAAUCACCUGUUGAAAAAGAAAAAAGUGAUAACAUUGAACAAAAUUCACAAUCUGAAGAGAUCGAAGGAUCUGUUCAUGCCAAAUGCAUGGAAAGUUCUGAUGCUAAUAACAAUGCUUCAGCUAAUGAUAAUAGUAUAAGUAGCAUAGAAGGGCUUAAAGUCAAUGAAAUUUCAUCUAAUAUUGAUGCCACAUUUGAUGAACAGAAACCCAACCUUACAGAUUAUAAUGUGAUGACUGAAGAAAUUGAAAUAGUACGAAGAACAUCAAACAGUGACUCCAGUGGAACUAAAGUUCGAAUUGACAGUUCCGUUGAACUGGAAGAAUUUAAUAAGGACCAUUAUGCUGCAUUUGAGAUAAAGCAAGCAUUAAGUGCUUUUGAUGAAAAUGCAAGAAUUAGCAUUGCCUCUGAAGUAGAUCUGGACAUUGUUGAAACCUCAUCAGUAUUUGAUUUGAAGGGUGCUCUGAGCAGUAGCAUUUCAGAAGUUUUAGAGAUCUCUGGAGAAACUAUAGAUUGUGUUGAUCUUGUUCAUCAAAAAUGUGCAGAUAAUAGUCAUGUGAUUGAUGGGGAAGAUUCUCGUGAAGAGUUAGUAAGUAGCAUUGAAGAAGUUAUAGUGGUUGACUCUGACUCUGAUGGCGACAAAAAAGAUCAGUUCCAAUUUAUGUCUGAGAAUGAAGUCAUAGAAAUAAACUCAGAAACUGACAGCAUUUCGGAUGAAAGCCUUGAAAUGUAUUAUGACUGUGAUAUAGAAAUGAAAGAGUCAAAUAAGAGUGGUAACACAGAUAAAAAUGAAAUGGCAGAGGUCAGCCCAGACAAUGCAGAUGAACAGGUAGAAAUGUCAGUGGCUUCUGAAAUUGAAACACUGGUAAAAGAAGUCUGUGAAAAUGCAAUCAGAGUUGCUGUUGAAUGGAUAGAACAGGAACAAUUGAAAGAUGUUAGUGAAGAAGACAAUCCAAAGCGAGCAGUUUGUGAGGAAAAUGAUGCUCCAAAAAGUUUACAAUCAAAUAGGUCCUAUGCUGAUGCUGUUAAGAGUUUUAAAAAACUGAUUACAACAGAUGCUGAUGUUGAGAUGACAGAAAAUGAUGAAGCAUUUGAAACACCUUUUGUAGAGACUGAACAAUUGUCUCUAGGAAUAGACAAUGAUGUUUCUAGUCUGGUGUUGUCUGAAAUAGAUGAAGAAGAAAUGACAGACGAACGAGACAAAGAAGCUUCAGAUGAGGAUGCGGAAGUUUCUACGGUGAGGGAAAUAAAGGAUGAAGACAGAGGAGAUGCCCAUGCCUUGGACAACAAAGCUGACAUUAGAGAUGAGGACCAAGGUGUUCUAGUUGUCAGCAGUAAUGAGGGGGCUGGAGUAGAUCGCCAUACCCAACCCUUGGUAAAUGAGGCUGACACUAGAGAUGAGGACAAAGGUGUUCCAGGUGCCAGCAGUGAUGAGAGGGCUGGAGUAGAUGGCCAUGCCCAACCCUUGGUAAAUGAGGCUGACACUAGAGAUGAGGACAAAGGUGUUCCAGGUGCCAGCAGUAAUGAGGGGGUUGAGAUGGAUGAUCAGGCCAGCUCAGAGACUGAGUAGACUACUGAGGAUAGGGGCUAUACAUUAUGAUCUUGCAUAGAACCGGUUUUCGUUCAUGAUAAGGAGCCUAUUUAUUGGCUGAUUUGUGUACAUGUUUCAGCAUAUGUUAGUUAACAUUUGUGCAUUUGUUGGACGUUUUGUUGUUGUUUUCUUAGCUCACAUGAGCAAAGCGUUCAUGGUGAGCUUUUGUGAUCACUAUGUCUGGCAGUGUGUGUUGUGUGGAGUCAACUUAUAGCUCUUUAAUACUUAUAACCCAUUUGAGAAGCCACUUUUUAUGCCCCUGAAGGUUGGCAUAUUGUUUUUGAACUGUCAGUCCGUCCGUCUGUCUGUCUGUCAGUCGGUGUCCGUCCGUCCGAAAACUUUAACAUUGGUCAUAACUUUUGCAAUAUUGAAGAUAGCAACAUGAUAUUUGGCAUGCAUGUGUUUCUCAUGAAGCUGCACGUUUUGAGUGGUGAAAGGUCAAGGUCAUCCUUCAAGGUCAAAGGUUAAAUGUAUGGCUUCAAAGCGGCGCAGAAGGGGGCAUUUGUGUUUCUGACAAACACAUCUCUUGUUUAUCCAAUCUUGAAGAAGUUUGGUCAGAAUGUUUGUAUUGGCAUAUAUUUGUCAAGUCUGAAUCUAGGUUAUAUCUGCUGAAAAACAAGGUAACCAGUCAUAUCUUAGACAAUCUUUUACCACUUUGGAAGCCCCAUUUUCAUAUUUGUUAAUCUUGACAAUGUCAAGGACAUGUAUCUAUCUGGGUCUUGUCAAUAUCAAAACAUAGCUUGAAUCUGGGUAAUGUGUGUCUAUGAACUUGAAGCACGUUAACCCUGAAUGCCACUCUCCAGAUGCCACAUUUCCAUCGAAUCUUGAAUUAACUUGGUUGGAAUGUAUAUCUUAACAAUGUCUAGGUCAAAUUUUUAACUGGGUCACCUAUGUGGUAAAAGCCUUGUUAAUCUCUAGAAGCCACAUUUAAGGGGUGUUGCGGCAGUUUAUUUAAGGGAGAAUAUAUUUGUAGCAACACCGAUGGUGCUAUUAUCACAACUCAAUAAUUUUUUUAUCAGUAUCAUCAGAAAUGACCGAAUUGGUUUAUAAAUCAAUUGUCAGUGGUUCGAUCCCAGGUGGGGUUAACUUUUUUUAACUUCUUUUCUUUUUUAACCAGGUUUUCCGAAGGAAAAAACUGGUUAUUAGAUUGGCGAAUGCGGGCGGGCUGGCUGGCGGGCUGGCGGAAUAAGCUUGUCCGGGCCAUAACUAUGUCGUUCAUUGUCAGAUUUUAAAAUCAUUUGGCACAUUUGUUCACCAUCAUUGGACGGUGUGUCGCGCGAAAUAAUUACGUCGAUAUCUCCAAGGUCAAGGUCACACUUUGAGUUCAAAGGUCAAAAAUGGCCAUAAAUGAGCUUGUCCGAGCCAUAACUAUGUCGUUCAUCGUCAGAUUUUAAAAUCAUUUGGCACAUUUGUUCACCAUCAUUGAACGGUGUGUCGAGCGAAAUAAUUACGUCGAUAUCUCCAAGGUCAAGGUCACACUUUGAGUUCAAAGGUCAAAAAUGGCCAUAAAUGAGCUUGUCCUGGCCAUAACUAUGUCAUUCAUUGUGAGAUUUUAAAAUCAUUUGGCACAUUUGUUCACCAUCAUGGGACGGUGUGUCCCACGAAAGAAUCACGCCAAUAUCUCCAAUGUCAAGGUCGCCACGACUAAAAAUAGAUUAAAAAAAAACAAACUUACAAAGGGGGUUAAUUUUUUUUGGUCAUUUCAAAAGUUCAGUUUGAGUUUUCUCCCUUUAUCAGAUUUUUUUUUCACAAUGAAAACCUGGUUUUGUGACAAUUUUGUCCCUUGUCUUUAAUUUCAUUCUUGUUUUAUACUGGAGCUUUUUAGUCAUGUCGUUUAAAUUUAUCAAUUUAAAGCAUUUAAUCACAAACUUCAAAACAAGCCGAAAUCUGUGAACAAGUACAUGUAAGUUAUUAAUGAUUAAGGUCGAGUUUGAUACUGUAUGGUAUUAUAUUUGUGAUUAAAUAUUGUUUUUUAUUUAUGUCUUUUGGUAAGCUGUUGUGGUUCCAGUUAAGAUUCAAAACAAUUUCUAAUGUUUAUGCAUAUCUCUUACAAUCUAUGUACCGGUACUUGGGUUUUGCCUAAUUGAUGUAUUUUAUAAAAUUUGACGUAGACGGUAAGGAUAGUUAAAACAAAAAAUCUCUGUUAAAAGUGCGGUGACCCCCUUUUUUUAUUUUUGUUUCAUGAUAACCAUACAUUGAUGAACAUAUUUGAGAAGUUUCGCAAAAAGUUAUAAGAUAGAACUUUUUUAAAUUCCAUUUUUGUGGUAAAAAUAGUAAAAAAAUGACGUUUUUUGGGUGACAUAAAAAUUAUGAAAAUUAAAUUUCUUAAAAUUAAACUUGUGUUCUCCAUUUUUUUGGUUGUUAGUGGUUUACUUAAAUGGUAUAUGAUAUAUAUUAGCUUAUAUAAUCUCUACAUGUUUCCAAUUUCAUAGGUUAUUAAUCAUUAUUAUGAAAUUAGAGAUUUUUCAGUUUUAAUGAAAAAGUACAUAUUAUAUAAUGGUGAAUAAAAUCCAAACAAAGUCGGUGACCCUAUGUUUUUAUUGCAUUUUUCAUUUAGUAUUUGUAUGUAGUACUUGAAUAAAAAUUUUGAGCAAAAGUUAUUAGAUGGAAAAAAAUCAUCAAAACUGCAGCAACACCCCUUAACACUCAAUCUUGAUGAAACUUUGGCAAAUUGUCAUCUUGACAGUAUCAGGGCCAUACAUGAAUCUGGCUCAUGUGGGGUAACAGUUAUUAAAAAGUGAGUCUUCAAUUGUUUAACCGGGAACUAAAGUUUGCAAUUGAGGGCCAAAAUUGCCCUCUUUUCCAGUUAUUUAGAAAUAAUAUUUGUUAUUGCUGCCCUUUAUUUGCUUGCCUUUGUUUGUUGGUUAAUCAAAUGAACAUCAAAAUGUGCUGACUGUUAUCAUGCUAAAUCUGUUCUAACUUUUUAUGCCCCUGGUAGGGUGGCAUAAAGCAGUCCGUCUGUCUGUCCGUCACACUUGCAUUUAGGUUUCGAAAAACGCUCAAAACUUCUAUUUCCCUUCAGAUGUAACCUUCAUAUUUGGUAUGCAUGUGUAUAUGGACAAGGCCUUUCCAUACGCACACAAAUUUUGACCCAAUUGACCUUAAACUUAGGGUCUGCGUUUAGGUUUCGAAAUAUGCGUUUAGGCUUUGAAAAAUGCUCAUAAUUUCUAUCAGCGUUUAUCGGGGGCAUAUGUCAUCCUAUGGAGACAGCUCUUGUUCAGCUCUUUUUUGAGCUUUGAUAGGCAAAUUGUUUCAAAUGCUUUUGAUGCCCCUAAGCUUAACAUGACAUGUUCUUGUUCCUGAUUAUCAUUAAACAGGAAAUAAGUAGGGAAGUUUUCCAUGUAUACUGAAUGGUUUUUGAUGUCCUAUACGAUAUAUAUGCUGGUGGUUGCUAGGUAUAGAAUCAUAUUAUUAUUAGUUUAGCUUGUUUUCAUGCUGGUUAGUUUUGUAUAUACAUAAACUUUGUAAUUAUGUGUUGAUAGUUUGCAUUGUUUACAGCUUUAAACUCUUUAAACCAUACUUUCUGUAUUUGGUUGUUCUGUUUGCCUGUUUCAAGUUUAUUUGUAAAAACCGAACUACGCCACUAUUACCUCUUUUGAACAUGUUUCCUAAGAAAAUAAAGUUGACAAAACUACAUUAUGAGUAGUUAUGAAUAAUCAAAUUUUAUAUAAAGAUGUUUCAUGUCAUGCUUCACAAGGGCAACCACUUCAAGCAUGUACAUGUAUGGCUUGUUAUGUUAUGGAUUUAAAUAAGAAAGAGAACUAGUGCUUCUAACAUAGUGCUCAUUAACUAAAGAAACUACAAACUGUAUCAAAGACUGUUAUCAAUACUAAAAGAAAGUUUGAUGAUUGUGCGUUGUUAUUGUAUAAUUAUUAGUAAUGAACAUUGAUGUAUUUCUGAUAGUUUGUUGUUCAAACCAUGUUUUGCUGUGAUUGAUUAUUUGCCAAAAAAAAAAUUGUAAAGGGAGGUAAUCUCGAUGCAAUAUUUUCUGUUUCGGGCUUUGCAGAGUUGAUCAGCUGUAUUUGUGUAAUGCUAGGUACCUUGGUUGUGCACCCAUACUUUUACUUUGGAGACAAUAUUCAAAUUUGGAUGGUCGACUUUCAUAUUUGUGUUCUCAACUUUCAAAAUAUUAGUGCUAUCUUUAUCUUGCAUACACUCUUUAUGUAGUAUAAGUUAGACUGCCUAUCUAUGUGUAUUGGUUGGUGAUAUCAACAUGCUAGUGCUUUGGGAAAAUGGGGCUUUAUGCAUGUGUAUUAACCCUUUCAGUGCGGGAAUUGAAUUUUUAAGGCCUUUGCAAACAGUUUGGAUCCAGAUGAGACGCCACGUUCUGUGGAGUCUCAUCUGGAUCCAAACUGUUUGCUAUUCUGAUAGUAUUUUUUGAAAAAAAAUCGAAGAAAUGCUAAUUGUAGAAAUUCAGCAGACGACAUUUUACCAGACGAUAAAUUUCCCAGCAUGCAAAGGGUUAAGUGUCAUCCCUGUUUAGCAUGCGCAGUCCACACAGGCUAUUCAGAUAUGACUCUUGUGGCCUAAACUGGAUUGUCACUUAGAAAUAAGGGUAAAUACCAUAACUGCUCUUCUGCUGGGACGAAACUUAACACGCAUGCAAUAAGCCCCGUUUUCCCAGACCGGGGCUCAUUUUCAUUUGGGGUAUAUAAAGUUAUUAUUAUUGCUGAAUAUUUGGCUUUUUAGAGAAUAAUUAACUGUGUGUAUUUUGUUUAUUUUUUUUAUUUCCUAAAACAGUUCUUGUUAAAUUAAUGAUUACUCUGUAAGAACACUUGUUGUUUUUUUUAACAGUUUGUGUUGCCUUAAGUUACACUUAUUUUGACCUUAUUAUUUUGUCACAAUGUGCUAUUGUAUACAACGUCUCGUUAAAUCGUUUUGAAGAAAGAGCGAUAAUAUUGUUGUGUUGCAUUCAUUGAGUGAGCUAUGUUUCUAGUUUCGCCUAUGUUGUUUUUAGGCUGAGGUGCCACUUUUGUAAAGUUACCAACACUUAUUGCUUUGAACCUUUCAAUAACCGAUGUUACCUUAAAAUAAUAAAGUUGAUUGGUUGAGCUA